AUGUUUAUUUGGUUGCACAUAGCAAUAACGUACCACGAAACGGAUUGUGAUACGAGCGUGGAAAACGAUUCAUUAAGUUUCGUACCGUCAGAUAUUCAAAAAUAUUUAAAAGUUAGACCUCGGUCUGAUAAUUCAACGUCGAAUGGUAAAAAUAUUUUAAGCGUUUCCGAUAUAAAAGCGGAAAUAGAAAGAUAUAACGGGAGGCAAUACGUUCACAACGAAGAUAUUUUCGGACCGUUGCAAAACGAUUCGUUGAUUAUUAUCGUUCACGUAAGAAUCAGAUAUCUUCGUCAUUUGAUAGUGAGUCUCGCACAGGCUCGAGACAUUGACACAACGUUAUUAAUUUUCAGCCAUGAUUUUUUCAAUUCGGAAAUAAACGAUCUGAUACAGAGCAUAGAUUUUUGUAAAGUUUUGCAAAUAUUUUAUCCAUAUUCGAUACAAACUCAUCCGAAUACGUUUCCAGGACCUUCGCCAAACGAUUGUUCGAGAAACAUGACAAUCGAAGAAGCUUUGAAAAAAAAUUGUGUGAAUGCCGAAUGGCCGGAUAUGUACAGUCACUAUAGAGAGGCUAAAUUUACGCAAGCUAAACAUCAUUGGUGGUGGAAAGCGAACAGAGUUUUUUCACAGUUGGAAAUAACACGUUACCACACGGGUUUGGUUUUAUUUAUCGAAGAAGAUCAUUUUCUUGCCGAAGAUUUUAUUCACGUGUUAAAUUUAAUGAAAAAAACACAACCGCAAAAUUGUCGGAAUUGUGAUGUUUUUUCACUGGGAACAUAUCACAAAGUAUUUUUACGUAACGUUUAUUACGUAUAUUCUCAUAGAAUAGAAACAUCGAAUUGGAUAAGUAGCAGGCACAACAUGGGAAUGGCAUUGAAUAGAAAUAUAUGGAACGAAAUAAAAAAAUGCGCCAUUAAUUUUUGCACAUACGACGAUUACAAUUGGGAUUACAGUUUGCAAAUCGUAUCGAAUACUUGCCUACCGAAAAAAUUAUUCGUUAUGAUGCCGAGAGCUCCGAGAAUAUUUCACAUAGGAGAAUGCGGAUUUCAUCAUAAGAAAAAAGACUGCGAAGCGACAACGUUUUUAAAUCAAAUUCAAACGACAUUGAAAACAUCUAAAAAAUAUCUUUAUCCUAAAAAAUUAAAAGUUCAUUCUCUGAUAUUAAGGAGAGAUAAUGUUAAAAAUGGAAACGGAGGUUGGACGGAUCUACGAGAUCAUCAACUUUGUUUAAACAUUUCAUCGUCAUCGACGAGUUAA